AUGUACGCCCUCGCCUUAACACUGGCCGUGGUGGGGUAUUUCUUUGUGGCUCCAGUCGUCAAGUACUUCUAUGACCCAAAGGGACUCAGGAAGUAUCCCAAUUUCUACCUUUUGUCUGGCCUAUCAAAUUUGCCACUUAUUUACGAGUCACACAGUGGCUUCCGCUCUCGAAAUCUCCUCGAGGCCCACAAAAAGCAUCCCGUUUUGCGAAUCGGUCCGAAUUCGCUAUCUUACUCCGAUCCCAGCGCCAUCAAGGAUAUCUACGGCCACGGUACCAGCUGCAUCAAGGAUCGGUUCUACUCCGAGACCGCAGGCUCCCACGCCCAUCUUGCAGAUGUCGUGGACAAAAAGGAACACGCCCGGAAACGAAAGGUGCUAUCGAGCGCCUAUGCGGUCAAGAAUCUUGAAGAGUGGGAGUUCAAGGUGGCAGACGUUAGCGCAAAACUCAUCAAGGCUUUCGACAAGCGGUGUACCGAUCCACUGCCUCCAAAUCAGAAUCCAAAGAAGGAAGACCUAACGGUUGAGUAUCGAAACUGGACGGUCCUGUGGACCGCAGCUGCGAUCGCCAAUAUUGGACUCAGCGAGGAUCUCGGUUUCCUUGACGAAGGGUCUGACAGAGUGAAGUCUGAAAGUAAGGACGGCACAAUUAAAGAUGUCUCCUUCCGUGAAUGCCAUACUGCUACACAGACAGCGUCCUUCCGGAUAGUCUGGUCGUACGACUGGUUUCAGACUCUGCGCCGAACUAGCAAAGUGAUUUCGUCAAGCUAUCGGCAUCUGUGGCAGUUAGAUGAGGAUUGGGGCGGUAUUGUCUAUAAUCGUGCCACUACACGAUUGAAGCGACACGAGAAUGGCGAGAAGUUGGACGAUUUCUUCACAGCCAUGAUGGAGGAUAAGAAUGGGUCACCCCAUAAUCUAGAAUGGGGCGAGAUCGUCGCAGAGAUUAGCAUCAUGAUGAAUGCGGGACACGAUACCACGGCUAUCUCACUUCGAAACGCUCUCUUUUUCCUGCUGAGAAACCCCAAAUGUCUUGCAAAGCUUCGUGAGGAGCUUGACGAGGUUUUGGAAGAAGAUGAGGUCGUUGCACCGUAUGGUAAAGUCAAACACCUGCCAUAUCUCCGGGCAUGCAUAGACGAGAGCCUUAGAAUGCUCCCGCCUAUUGUUUUCGGCCUGCCUCGCCGAACGCCCGUGGAAGGAGCUUGUAUCCUCAAUGAAUAUGUCGCUGGAGACACAUCUGUCAGCAUCUCGUCUUACGUGAUGCAUCACCAGGAGUCAGUUUUCAAAGAUAAUGCCACCUACAAGCCAGAACGAUGGCUGGGAGAGGAGGGUAAAGCUUUGCAGCCAUACUUCAUUCCCUUCAGUACUGGGGCACGAGGCUGCAUUGGCCGGAACAUUAGCUACCUAGAACAAAUGGUUCUCCUGGCUUCUUUAGUAUAUCGAUAUGAAUUUGCCUUGCCAAAUCCCGACUGGGAUCCUCCAGUCCGCGAGAUGUCAAACCUGAAUCCGGGUCCGAUGCCAUUGAAGAUUUGGAGGCGAGUGAAUACAGUCGAUAGGUAG